CUGGUGCCUAUACGGGGUACUUCCAUACAGACCAGCAUGGAAUAUGUACGGGGGGGAUUUAAUUGCUAAGUUAACCAUGCGCCACACUAAUCAUGGGGGCCAGCUUAAUUGGGAUAAUUAUCGUAACAAUCCAAGAGGGUCCGAGGGUCGCAGAGUUCGUCGUUUACCAAUCGUCUAGCCAUACACAUAGCGAAUUCCCCAAGAACCCUAACCGUAGGGCGAGCCGAUCGUCACGAUCGGAUGUACAGCCACAAGCCACAGGCAACCGCCAGCUCCCGCAGCCCGAGUCUUAUGUCAUAGUUGAAGCGACUGGGAAAGUUGGGAACGGAAAGCCCGAAUCCAACGCAACUCGACUCAGCUGUCCAAUUUUCACCCCCCGCCCCUUGGCACUUCCGCCUUCUCUCUUUCCCUCUUCCCGUUCUAACAUUUCCACAAUCCCUCCCCGAUCGUUCACCCCUACCCCCCGCCAUCAUGAGUUUCAAGGGCUUUCAAAAGAGCAUCGUGCGAGCCCCGCAGCAGUUCAAAGUCAAGUUCAACAUCGGUGAACACACCAAGGAUGUCGUCUAUACCGAUGCCGAGCGUCGCUUCGACGAGCUCGAGAAAGAAACUAAGAAGCUACACGAUGAAUCCAAGAAAUACUUUGAAGCCAUCAACGGCAUGUUAAGCCACCAGAUCGAGUUCUCAAAAGCAAUUGCCGAACUCUACAAGCCCAUCUCCGGUCGUGCCUCCGAUCCCGACUCCUACAUAUUUGAAGGCAACCCCGAAGGCAUUCAAGCCUGCGAAGACUAUGAGACGAUCGUGCGGGAACUGCAGGAAGCCCUCGCCCCGGAAUUGGAGAUGAUUGAAAGCCGAGUCAUCAGCCCCGCUGAUCAGCUGCUGGAGGUGAUCAAGGUGAUUCGCAAAGUCGCCGUCAAGCGCGACCAUAAGAAACUGGACUACGACCGCCAUCGCGCCUCGUUGAAGAAGCUGCAGGAUAAGAAGGACAAGUCGCUCAAGGACGAGAAGGCCCUCUACAAGGCGGAGAACGAUGUCGAACAAGCGACUCAAGACUACAACUACUAUAAUGAUCUGCUGAAGGAAGAGCUUCCCAAGCUAUUCCAGCUCGAGGCGGAGUUCAUUCGUCCGCUAUUCCAGUCUUUCUACUAUAUGCAACUCAACGUCUUUUACACUUUGCACGAGAAAAUGCAGGGCAUGAACAUCAGCUACUUCAACCUCAAUCUUGACGUGGAGGAGGCCUUUGAACAAAAGCGUGGCGAUGUCCAAGAGCGCGCCGAGGCACUGGUUAUUGUACACUUCAAGACGAAGGGACUCGGUCGGGCUAACUCGAAGGUGGGCUCGCUGAAGGCCUCCGAAGCCAAGGCCGGUCGUGGACGUGCAUCUUCGACCGCUUCCGAUCAACCUCCUCCUCCAUACUCCUCUGCUGCCUCCCCCACGGGCAGCUUCUCCGCUGCGGCUAAAAGCAAGCCUGCCCCGCCACCUCCACGGGCAAAGCCCGCGCAUCUCAGCAAGCCCGUUGAGAAAGUGGUUGCUCUUUACGAUUACGAGGCCCAAGCCCAUGGCGAUCUCGGAUUCUCUGCUGGCGACGUGAUCGAAAUCAUCACCCGGACGGACAACCAAAAUGAGUGGUGGACCGGUCGAGUCGACGGUCGGGAAGGUCAAUUUCCAGCAAACUAUGUCCAGCUCCAAUAGCAUGUGGAGACGAUUGCCCAUGUUCAUUUUGUAGCUUCCCUACUUUAUAUUUUCUGUUUGUCUCGCUAUUCUGCUUCUUGGCGCAUCAGGGUUCUAUAAGCAUCAGGGUUCUAUAACAUAGAGCGUUCAGUGUGUACAUAACCUUCGUUUCUUAAUGUCUUGCUAGUUCAGCCUUGCGGAUAUGCUGGUGUGAAGCCGAUCCGACGUCGGACCCUAUUAUCGUCGGGGGUACAUCCUACCGACAUAAUCUACUCCUUUUCUUCUCAUGACAAUUGGUAUACUCUGU